AUGAAGCUAAACUAUUUAAAAAAAAAAAUGCUGCAACUGAAAAUGUGAGGUAUUGGCUGAAAAUCUGAACUCUUAUUUAUUGUUCACUUUAGCUGCAGGUUCGCAAACACGAUUCACAUAACACAGAGUCCCUCUUGCCCGAUCGCAGCCAUGGCCGAAAUCAAUCACCCUUGAACCUUUUCUUACCGGUAAGCCUGUAUUCAUAUUUCUGAUUAGUCUAUUUAUAAACCCUAAUUUUCACUACCUCGUUUCUACACAAAUACUUCGGUUCUUCACCGCCUAUAAACCCUAGUUACUCCUUCUCUAGCUGAAAUGAUCUUUCUUCUUCGAAGAAAACAUGCCUUCAAAUCAUCCCUCACUAAUCCAAUACACUUCGUAUCCAACGAAUCAAAAGGUUAUAUCAUUCCACCACUCAUGUCCCCUAAACCCUCUCAAAAACCCCAAAUUAACAAUCCUAGGGUUUUAUCAUUCAAACCCUUUUCGACACAAUCCUCCAAAUUCCCCGAAUAUGAAAUGCCAACAGUUACAUGGGGCGUUGUGCAAGGCCGAAAGGAAAAACUCGUAUCACGAGUAAUAAUCUCCGAUUACUUAAAAAGCAUAGGCAUAAUCCCUGAUGAACUAGAGAAUCUCGAACUACCUUCCACAAUCGAAGUAAUGCGUGAACGCGUUGAAUUUCUGCAAAAGAUAGGGCUAACAAUCGACGACUUCAAUGAAUACCCAUUAAUGCUCGGUUGCAGUGUCAGAAAAAACAUCAUUCCAGUACUCGGAUACUUAGAAAAAGUCGGAAUUCAAAGAUCAAGAAUGGGUGAAUUUGUGAAGAAAUACCCACAAGUCUUACACGCUAGUGUAGUUGUGGAGCUUGUGCCUGUAAUCAGGUUUCUUCGUGGAUUAGAUGUAGAAAGACAAGAUAUUGGGUAUGUGUUAAUGAAGUACCCUGAGCUUUUAGGGUUCAAAUUAGAAGGCACAAUGAGUACUUCAGUUGCAUAUUUAGUAAGUAUUGGUGUCAAUCCAAGAGACAUCGGUCCCAUGGUGACACAAUAUCCAUACUUUUUAGGCAUGAGAGUUGGAACCAUGAUCAAACCAUUAGUCGAAUACCUAAUUUCAUUAGGUUUACCAAAGAAAGUGUUAGCAAGAAUGUUUGAAAAACGCGCGUAUAUAAUCGGGUAUGAUCUUGAAGAAAUGGUCAAACCGAAUGUUGACUGUUUGAUUAGUUUCGGGGUUCAAAAGGAAAAACUCGCAUCAAUCAUCGCCCAAUACCCACAAAUUCUUGGCCUCCCUUUAAAAGCAAAGUUAUCAACACAACAAUAUUUUUUCAAUUUGAAGCUUAAAAUAGACCCCGAAGGUUUUGCACGUGUAAUUGAAAGAAUGCCUCAAGUAAUUAGCCUUGGUCAAAAUGUGAUGAUGAAACCGAUUGAGUUUCUUCUUGGACGUGGGAUUUUAGCACAAGACGUGGCUAAGAUGAUUGUGAGAUGCCCACAAUUGGUUGGUUUGCAAGUUGGAUUAAUGAAGAAUAGUUUUUACUUUUUCAAGAGUGAAAUGGAGAGACCAUUGAAGGAGUUGGUGGAGUUUCCUGAGUAUUUUACUUAUGGUUUGGAAUCAAGAAUUAAGCCGAGGUUUAUGAGGUUGAAGCAUAAGGGGAUUAGGUGUUCUUUGAGUUGGUUUUUGAAUUGUAGUGAUCAAAGAUUUGAAGAAAGAUUGUAUGGGGAUUAUGUUGAAAUGGAAAGUGAAGGGCCCAUGUUUGUUAUGGGUGGAAAGUUGGAGUUGCCAGGGAAUGAAGUGGUGUGUGAUGAGGAAGAUGAGAGUGAUGAUGAGAUACUUUAUAGACGUACGGUUUCUCUUUAGUACACAAAUGACUUAAGGUUUCUUUUGUACGUUUUGAUUAAAGUUAUCAGUUUUGACAAUCCAAGUUUUUAGAAUUGCAAGAAUUUUGUUUUUGGGUGUUGUACAUUGAUUGGUGGAUCGUUUAUCUAUCUUGGUGAAUCUUGAAACUAAGCUAGUUAUUUGUCCA